AUGCAAUUUCAACAGGGCUAUCCUCAAUACCAACAAAGAUAUAUAGAAGCCCCAGGAUAUCACAGAGGAGAUGGAUUUGCACAUCAGUUGUCUUCAUUACUGAAAGAUAGACGUAUUCAGAAACAAAUUUAUAAAGUACGAAGAAGUAAAAAACACCACGGCGAAAUGAAUUAUUUAAGCUUUAAUGGUACUAUUGAUAAAAUACAAAAUUCAUCGAAAGGUAAGACCGGCUAUGAGUAA